AUCGGUCGUUUCGUUGUUUCUACGUUUCAAGAGAGAAAGAAAGGGAGAAGAGAGAAGAGAGAUAGAGAGAUAGAGGGAGACCGAAGAACUGUAUCCGUUUGUUCCUUCGGAAAAACGUUCAUUGGAAACAUCGUUGAUCUUUAGAUUAAAUUUCAAUAGAGAACGAACUGUGUUGUGCGACAUAAACGGAUCGAUUGGAUACAAUUUCUUGUUUGAUUCCUGUAUAUCGAACAUAUCGAGCAAAUCCUCAUAAAUAAUUAUUUCAAUGUCGGUCACCGUGAAUACUUCUAGAAACGACACUGGAUCACCUUCCAUGUCAAAAAUGGAAGAUAAUUUAUCGAAUAGUGAUGGACCAUUGAUUGGAAAGAGCGUUCAUCAAAAUAGUACCAACAGUCUUCGUAUAAGUACCGAAAACGUUAAUGUUGGCAUGACCGUCCUCUCUCGUGGACCAAUAUUGAUCGAUGACUCGAGGAAACCUUGCGUAUGGACGUUAAUAAUUUUCUUAGUGAUGAUUGGGCUAUGUAAUCUAGUCAUAAGUGUGACAAUUAUUGCUGUAUUAAGAAUCAGUCAAGGUAUGGAGGCGAUUGAAGUGAUACCGGAUGAAAAUCUCGUGAAAUUUUCCGGUCGUACGGAUUUGGACAGAAUUUGUUUGCAAUCUGGCAUCUGCCAAAGUUAUGGUGACGAGCCAAUGGAGAUAUUAUCCGAAAAUGGUAUUAUAGUCGACGUGAACGGUAAAUUAAAUGUGGGAACAUACCAUUCGCAUUUUGCACUUCUUCCAAAUGGUACCAGCAUUUCUCAGGUUCGUUCAUUCGAGAUCAAAGAUUUUCGUACUGGUGGGAUUUACUUUAGUACAGAUUUUCCGAAAUUUGGCCUCCCAAGUGGCGUCGAUAGAAUAGAUGUAAAAAUAACACAAACCCACAGAAUCACGUCACCGGUUAACGAAAGCCUUGGAAUCAAUUCGGACGAUCGAAUUUCUUUGCACGGUGCUGAAGGCAUCAAAAUGGAAAGCAAGGACAUUAUUUGGAGUGCCAGUAACGAUGUACUUCUUAAAAGCCUCAACGGAAGUAUCAUAUUUGAUGCGGAAAAUGGCGUUAGCAUCGAUAUCGAUAAUAUACCUGUUGCACCGCUGUUCGUACAAAAUCCUACUGAUCAAGAACAAUUUAAAGUAUGCAUUUGCAUGCCCCAAGGAAAACUCUUUAAGGUUCCUGUACGUGCCGGUGCCAAUCUACGAUCUACUAAUUGCGCUCGAAUCAGUAGGACUCCAGAAAACGAUCCCUGCUUACGAUAAGAAUUUUUAUAUAUAUAUAUAUAUAAAAUUUGUCCUUUAGAUGCUUUAUUCUAUGUAUUAUGCUUAGAAUAUAGAAAAUGUUGAAGCGAAACAGAUAAUGUCAUAUCAUAUAUCUAAGAUGUCCUAUAUUAUAUCUUAGAAAAUUUCAUAUAGUUUUAACAAAUUAAUGGAAUCAUUAUAAGAUAUAUCCAAAUAUAAAGAGCAAGAGAUGAGUAUUAAUCGACGAAGAAAAUAACGAUACUACUUAAAAUUUUCGUGUCAAUGUUACAUACCAAAAGAAAAAAAGAAAAAAAAAUCUGAAUAUUGAAUAUCGAUGUCAUGUGUAACGUAACAAAAGUUUUUAGAUGACAGUGGAAUACAUAUUUUUAUUUUAUUCGUCAAAAAAUGCGACGACUACUUUCCUCAUAAAUAUAGAAAUAAUACAUAUAUAAUUCCAAUAUGAAUGUACUUACAUUGUAACUUAUAUGGUGAAUUAUAAUAAUACCGCUGAUAUGAAA